CGAGCAACAACGCGCGAGCGAGUGGCGGAUAACAUUGAUUCGAUAUUCCCAUAACAAUUUAAUUGACAUCGUUCCGGUAUGAGAUAUGAUUGAGCGACGAAAUUCCCAGAAAACAUAAUCUUUGGUGACCCGUUCUCUUGGAACGAGAUGGAACGCCUGCUGGCCGAACAGCAUCGAGCGAUUGCAGCAGUUGAGCAAUCUCUGCAAGAAUUCGAAUCUAUUGAAGAGAACUACAAACAGCUGCUCGAAAGGCUCGAAAAUUUACCGAAGAAAAUUCGGCACGAUGUCACGGUACCGCUCAACUCGGUGGGAUUCUUCCGAGGAGAGCUCGUCCACACAAACGAAAUCACGGUCCUCUUGUCGUCCGAGUAUCUCGUGCAGGUUUCGGCUACGAAGGCUGCGGAGAUCGCGUCCAGGAGAAUCGAUGAAUGUCGACAACGCCAGGCAAAAGCUCGGGAGGAAAUCAAACACUUCGAGGAGUGGAAAAACUUCACGCAGCGCGAUAUAGAAGAGAAGACAACCGCCGUUGACAUCAAAGAGGACUUCGACGAAGUCAGGGAAGCGGAGUGGCGCGAGGAGCAUGCCAAGAGAGUUCGAGAGGAGCGUACUCGGGAGCGCAAGGCCAUGCGACAUGCGGUGGACGAUGCCUCCUUGCUGCAGCGGCUCGAGGAACUGGAGAUUCAAGAGGAGCUCGAAAAGUAUGGUCGGAAAGUCGAGAACCCUCCGCCAACAUCGGAUCAUCGAGAUGCGCUCCCCAUCUGGGAAAGUGAAGACAAAGGCAGCUCACCCCCUGGGGACGAGGACGAGCCAAGCACGUCGGGCGGACCGAGGAGCAUUUUGAAAAGAACCACAUCGAGCGGCAGCCUCAAAUCUGUUCGCUUCGAUCAUCAUGAGGAUGAAGAGAAACCCAUUGACAGUGACGAUAAUGACGAGCCGGAUCCGGAGUCGGAUGAGGCCGAGCCCGACGCUUUCACCGGACUCAUCAUCGAGAGAGAUGUGACGGGGAAAGUCGUGCAAACUGUGGGCGGAGAGCCGAGAAAACAAUCGCGAUUCAAAGCUUCUAGACGAUGA